AUGGGCGGCACAGGCUUGGUCGACGGAUCUGGCAAGCCCUUCCUUUAUCUUGCCAAUCUUACUAUUCCCCGCGACAGCAACAAGGUAUCCGUCGCCAUGCCGUCCCUCGCCAAGGCGCUCCUGUUGGCGCUGCCGCUCGCCAACUAUGUAGCAGCCCAGACCAUCGUCAUCGACGGUGAAGAGAUUGCCGCCGACAGCGUCUCCGUCGCCCCCGCGGCCGAGCGCGUCGUCGACGCCGAAGAGGCCACCGCCCUCCAGCUCACAGACGACAUCCUCGCCAACCUCACCAGCCUCGAGCUCUCCAACGUCACCCUCUUCGCCUUCGCCGACGAGUCCGAGGGCACCGCCGUCACCCGCCGCUCCCACUGCAAGCGCACCUUUGGCAAGUGCAAGACCUUCCCCGGCGACUUCCUCUGGCCCACCAAGCUCGUCUGGAAGGUCUUUGACCUCUUGACCGGCGGCGCCGUCAUCGAGUCCGUCCCCAUCGGCGCCGUCUGCUACAAGGACAACGCCCACUACGAUGCCGCUGCCUGCCAGGAGCUGCUCGACCACUGGACCGAGUCUGCCACCCACGCCAAGGACCCCACCUCGGUCAUGUCUCCCCUCUACCAGGGCCAGACCUGCCUCCCCAAAACGCCGAGUCCGGCACCUGCACCCUCGGCGGCACCCUCCUACGCCGUCAAGAUCAGCAACGUCGCCCAGAUCCAGCUCGCCAUCAACUUUGCCCGCAACCUGAACCUCCGCCUCGUCGUCCACAACACCGGCCACGACUUCCUCGGCAAGUCUACCGGUGCCGGCGCCCUCUCCAUCUGGACCCACAACCUCAAGGACAUCCAGUACAUCAAAAGCUACAAGACCGCCUCCUACAGCGGCGCUGCUUUCAAGCUCGGUGCCGGUGUCCAGGUCGGCGAGCUGUACGCCGCCGCGAACAAGUACGGCGUCACCGCCGUCGGUGGCGAGUGCAAGGUCCUCAGCGUCGACAUCGUCCUCCCCAGCGGCCGCUUCAUCACCGCCGACGAGAAGAACAACAAGGACAUCUUCUGGGCCGUCCGCGGCGGCGGCGGCGGCACCUUCGGCGUCGUCACCUCCAUGACCGUCAAGGCCCACCCCAAGACCAAGUUCGGCGGCCUCACCUUCAGCAUCACCGCGGGGCCCUCCACCAACAUCUCCACCGAGGUCUUCUGGCUCGCCGUCGAGGCCUACUGGCGCAAGUUCCCCGAGUUCGCCGCCCUCGGCAACUACGGCUACUCCUCCAUCUUCUCCCUCGGCGCCGGCUCCUUCAUGUGGAGCAUGAACCCCUGGAUGAUCCCCGGCUACUCCCUCGCCCAGUUCAAGCAGUUCUUCGAGCACGACAACCUCUACGACACCUGGUCCACCCACUUCCCCACCGAGACCGUCGGCAACACCAACCUGCACACCGCCUCCCGCCUCUUCCCCAAGAGCAACUGGGCCACCGAGGCCAAGCGCAACGAGACGUUCGCCACCCUCCGCUCCGUCGUCGAGGAGGGCUCCGCUCUCAUCCAGUACAACAUGAACCCCAAGGCCCCGGCCGGUACCCCAGACUCCGCCGCCAACCCGGCCUGGCGCGAGGCCAUCAUGUUCGGCAUCUUUGGCAGCGGCUGGGCCCCCACCAGCACCACCCAGGAGGUCGCCGCCAUCAACACCAAGAUCACCCACGACUGGAUGGAGAGGCUCCGCCAAAUCACCCCCGGCAGCGGUGGCUACGGUAACGAGGGUGACGUGAUGGAGCCCGACUUUGCCCAGGCCUUCUUCGGCUCCAACUACGACCGUCUCCUCAGCAUCAAGAGGUCCGUCGAUCCCUGGGACCUCUUCUACGCUCCCACUGCCGUCGGCAGCGAGAGCUGGUACGUCACCGACCAGGAGAGCUGGUUGACCACCCAGACCGGCCGUCUCUGCCGCAAAACCGUCAGGACCAUCUUCGAGCCCGACGACUACUUGAUGCUUCUCGCCAUCAUACCGUACGCUGCGGAGGUGUCGCUCGCGUAUGCCGUGGGAGCAUCUGCGCAAGGCCUGACGAAUAGCGGCAUGACGCCCGAGGCGAGGCUGCGCUGCAACCGGAAAGCCAAGAGUACAAAUGGAGAUACAGAUGGCAGGCUGGGUGAUAACGGCUUGCCCGAGUACCGCAAUCGUUUGCGCAUCGGGAUCGGGAUCCUCAUCUUCACCUAUAUCCUCCUCAUCCUCCUCAUAUCCCUCGGGUGCAUGCCCGUCAAGAAGAACUGGCAAAUCCACCCUGACCCAGGAAAUUCCUGCCAACCAGCCAUGUCACACCUCAAGAUCUUCAUCACCCUUGUCCUCAACAUCCUAACAGACAUAUACCUCAUCAUGAUCCCCAUUCCCCUCCUUUGGAGCGCCCGACUGCCAACCAUGAAGAAAAUCGGCCUCUGCAUCUUAUUCUCCGGUGCUAUCUUUGUCAUGACGGCCGGGCUUCUUCGCUGCGUCUUGAUACUCAAGAAUCCCGUCUCCGGCCCUCGACAAGGAUCCGCCUGGGCCAUCCGCGAAUCCUUCGUAGCCAUCACCGCCUCCAGCAUCCCAAUCAUAUGGGCCGCGCUCCGGCGCUGGAUCAAGCGCUUUUCCUCGUCCCUCCGCCGCUCCAGCAGCAAGAACUCGAACCCGAAGGACUGGGGAAACUUCAUCCUCGAAAAUCACAGGCAAGACGGACGGAGCAAGACCCCGCGGGCGCGGAGCGCCACCGAUACGUUGGAAAUGGUGCCGCAAGCCAGAUUAACCGGCGACUCGGCGCAUGAUGACAAGGCGGGAGACUCGGCGCGGUGGAUGGAGGAUGCCACCGGGCCCGGAAAUAGCCACGGCUGGGCCGUAUAG